AUGGAUGAAGAGCAAGACAGCGAAGACCUGGCCAUCGAAAAUCUUAAGAAACAUAUCGACACUCUCCCGCCUGAUGUGUACGCAAUCCAUAUCUCUCCAGACGGAAGUUUGACUUCCAUGUCCACCGACCCCGAGGAUGACGAGACCACUAGCGUAUAUUAUCCGCCCCUCGAGGAACUCCAGCGGCCAGAGGGCAUCAGAACCAUCAUUCGCUCCGACCUGAAGGAAAUUGAUCGGCUUUCUCCCAACGUUGAUCUUGUGUCAUACCAAGCAGACCCUGGCGUCAAUGGUGAGCGAAAGGUCAUCUUCAAAUAUUAUUUUAUUGUACAGUUUCUGCAUAGGCUAUGGCAUGAAAUGAAUCUGUGGAUGCGCCUUCCCCAGCAUCCAAACAUCGUCCCCUUCGAUCGACUUGUGGUGGACGAGCUGAACGGCCACGUUGUUGGGUUUACGACUGUCUUUAUUCCCGGCGGCACAAUUGAAGAAAACCCAUCACGCGUAUUUAAACUCAAAUGGCUUGAGCAAUUGACUCGUGUUGUGGAUGACCUCAACCUCAAGCACGGCAUCAUGCAUCAGGAUAUAGCUGCACGGAAUCUGCUGGUCGAUCCGUUGGCAGACAACCUUUUGUUGUUUGACUUUAACUUCUCGGGUCGUAUCGGAGGCAUUGGGCAUGUCAACGAGCGAGACGAUGUCAAGGGUGUCAUAUUCACCUUGUACGAGAUCAUUACCCGCGACGAACAUUUCAGGAAGGUGUCCCAUGAGCAGCAGAAUCCUGCUGAUGUUCAAGGGUUGACCACAUGGCCCAAGCACCCAGAGGUGCACCUCGAUCACCCUGUCUCGGAGUAUCGAGCAGUUCUGGAUCAUUGGGUAAAAGGAAGGCAAGAAGGAAAGACAAUUUCUGUUUAUACGGAAGCGCAGGAACCUGUCGACUGGCCACUAAUCGACGGGCCCCCAAAAAAGGAGCUUGUCUUCUCCGAUGGGGAAGGCAAUCCAACUACGGUGAUGGGAGCCAGCUGGUUCGACAUUCGCCGCGAUGAGCGAACGAAAGGCAGCGUCAUGCUGGACUGGCAGCGCCCACCACUAGAUAGAGCGGUGUGA